GUCGGUGGCACAGCUCAGUGUGAUGCCUCACCGCAGCAUCGGAGCGCACAUCCGCGGAGCCGCCGACGCAUCACUGGUGUUUUAUCUUUGGGAAUGUAGCGGGGUUGGAGCGACAGACGUUCCCUGACUCUGUGUGAAGGAGAAGUGACUGAUUCCUCCUGCAGCUGCCGUGAGAUGGUUUGCGUCGGCCAUGGCAAGGGGUCUGUUACCGUGGGGGCUCGUCAGAAAGCCUCUGUACAUCCAGGCCAGAUUCUCUUACCUUCAUAUGAGGUACCUGUUCUUCUCCUGGCUGACGCUGUUCGUGGGCAGCUGGAUCGUGUAUGUGAAGUACUCCUCCUACACAGAGCUGUGUCGAGGACAUGACUGCAAAGAGUCAAUAUGUGACAAAUAUAGAAAAGGAGUCAUUGAGGGCUCGGCCUGCAGCAGCCUGUGUGAGAAGGACACACUUUAUCUGGGGAACUGUUUCACUGUCAAGCCAAACAGCCAGGUUUACUCAGGGAGCUGGGGAGACCUGGAGGGAGUCAUUAAAUGCCAGAUGGAGGAGGCUCCUCAUUACGAUUUAGGGAAUGAGAUGAAGCCCAGAAAGGAAGCGGCGGCUUUCAACAAGCCCACUAAGGGCACCUCAGUGGAAAUGUUCAGGGAGAUGAUUCUCGAUCACCUUAAGGCUAAACUUGGGGCUCAGGCCAACCUCGCAGACCUGACAACCCAAGUGCUGUCAGUUGCCGAUGCCAACAAGGACGGUCACAUCUCUCUGCCCGAGGCUCGCUCCACGUGGGCUCUGCUUCAGCUCAAUGAGUUCCUGUUAGCUUUGGUCCUACGAGACAGAGAGCACAUGCCCAAGCUGCUGGGUUUCUGCGGAGACCUGUACGUGAUGGAGAAGGUGCCACACUUUCCUAUGUAUGGGAUCAGUCUACCCUGGAUUAUGGAAGUGUGGAUUCCCACCGGUCUGCGUCGCAGCAUGGACCAGUGGUUCACUCCCUCCUGGCCGCACAAGGCCAAGAUCUCCAUCGGACUACUGGAACUGGUUGAGGAUGUUUUCCACGGCAACUUUGGCAGUUUCCUCAUGUGCGAUGUGAGCGCCACCAGUUUCGGCUACAACGACCGCCACGACCUGAAGGUGAUUGAUGCUUGGUACAUUGUUCCAGAGGCCAUCUUCCAAGAAGCCAUUAGGCAACAGCAAUGCAACGUGGACGAGGACUGUCUCUACGGGGCUGACUGCUUAACUUCGUGUGACCUCACCAAGCACCGCUGCACACAAGAGGUGACCAGGCCAAACUUGGCCAAAGCCUGUGAAGCAAUAAAGGACUACGUUCUGAGGGGGGUGCCAUAUGACAUGCGUGCAGCGCUUGAGAAGCAGCUGUAUGCCUGCAUUGCACUGAAAGGCUCAACAGAACAGAUGGAAAUCGAACACUCACUGAUAUUGAACAAUCUUAAGACUCUGUUAUGGAAGAAAAUCUCUCACACUAAAGACUCGUGACAGAUAAGCACUUAACACGGGUACCAAGACCAAAUCCUGUCCUUGCAUUAAUAAAAUAAAAGUAUCAUUUGUUUUCACUGUGGUAAAAAUAGGAAUCUCUGUAAUUCAACUUACAUGUGUAAGUGAGUUGGUACUGUAAUUGUUAUGGAAAGUGACUUUAGUACUAAAUUAUGUAAUAAGAAAGUUGAUGCACUGGAGCAAAAUGACAAGUGGGUUUUCAAAAUAUGAACUGACAAUAAUAAAUUUGACUAAGAAUCAUGAGCACAAAUUGUAAGUGCUUACGUGAGCUUUUUCAGUGAAGUCUAAAUUGAGCCAGGCAAUAUCUUGACUGGGUUGUUCCAUUUUCACAUUACCAAGACAUGGCACCGUAGGCACAACAAAUUCUGUAGAAGUGACAACUUUAGUGCAAGAAGUCAUGCUGACUUUGCAGAACUAAUUGGCCUUCUAGUUGCUUGACCGU